GGCGCUCCCUUCCCUGCCGGGGGAUCGGGGCGCUCGGAGCGCCCUGAGCUCCUCCUCGGGAUUGCCAAGCGCCUCCCGGCUGCGAGCGGGGAAGGGAGCAGAGAGGUUGGCCCCGAGAGAUCGCCGCCGGUCGCGCCCCCACCGCAGCCGCCGGCGUCGUCUCCCUCGUGCUGCCGCCGCGUCCAGGUGCUGCGCUGCCGCCGCCGGACCGACAGACGCGGAUCGGACCAGCCCGGACGGCGGGCGCCUUGUCAUGCUGCCCAAAGUGGAGACGGAAGCCCUGGGACUCGCCCGGUCGAAUGGGGAACGGGGGCAGAUGCCGGAAAACAUGCAAGUGUCUCAGUUUAAAAUGGUGAAUUACUCAUAUGAUGAAGAUCUUGAGGAAUUGUGUCCAGUGUGUGGAGAUAAAGUCUCUGGGUAUCACUAUGGACUUCUUACCUGUGAAAGCUGCAAGGGAUUCUUUAAACGAACAGUCCAGAACAACAAAAGGUACACAUGCAUAGAAAAUCAAAGCUGCCAGAUAGAUAAAACCCAGAGGAAGCGUUGCCCGUAUUGUCGAUUUCAAAAAUGUCUAAGUGUUGGGAUGAAGUUGGAAGCUGUAAGAGCUGACCGAAUGCGUGGGGGCAGAAACAAAUUUGGACCAAUGUACAAGAGGGACAGGGCGCUGAAGCAGCAAAAAAAAGCUCUCAUCCGAGCAAAUGGACUCAAGUUGGAAGCCAUGACUCAGGUGAUUCAAGCAAUGCCCACCGACCUAACAAUAUCUUCUGCGAUCCAGAAUAUCCAUUCUGUCUCCAAAGGCCUACCUCUGAACCAUACAGCCUUGCCUCCCACAGACUAUGACAGAAGUCCCUUUGUAACCUCUCCAAUUAGCAUGACUAUGCCACCUCAUGGUAGCCUACAAGGGUACCAGGCUUACGGUCACUUUCCGAGCCGUGCUAUUAAAUCUGAGUACCCUGAUCCUUACACUAGCUCCCCAGAGUCAAUAAUGGGCUACUCAUACAUGGAUGGUUAUCAUCAGACAAGCUCGCCAGCAAGUAUUCCUCACCUGAUAUUGGAACUCUUGAAGUGUGAGCCAGACGAGCCACAGGUCCAGGCUAAGAUCAUGGCGUACUUGCAGCAAGAGCAAGCGAACAGAAGCAAACACGAAAAGCUCAAUACCUUUGGGCUUAUGUGCAAAAUGGCUGACCAAACCCUCUUCUCGAUUGUCGAGUGGGCCAGGAGUAGCAUUUUCUUCAGAGAACUUAAGGUUGAUGACCAAAUGAAGCUGCUUCAGAACUGCUGGAGCGAACUCUUAAUUCUAGAUCACAUUUAUCGGCAAGUGGUACAUGGGAAAGAAGGCUCCAUCCUUCUCGUCACUGGGCAACAAGUGGAUUACUCGGUAAUAGCAUCACAAGCAGGAGCCACACUCAACAAUCUUAUGAGUCACGCACAGGAGCUAGUAUCAAAACUACGAUCUUUGCAGUUUGAUCUACGAGAGUUUGUAUGUCUUAAAUUUUUGGUGCUAUUCAGUUUAGAUGUCAAAAAUCUAGAGAACUUCCAGCUGGUGGAAGGUGUUCAAGAACAAGUAAACGCUGCUUUGCUGGACUACACAAUGUGCAACUACCCUCAGCAGACAGACAAAUUUGGGCAGCUUCUCCUGCGGCUCCCGGAAAUCCGGGCGAUCAGUAUGCAGGCUGAAGAAUACCUCUACUAUAAACACCUGAAUGGGGACGUGCCAUGUAAUAACCUUCUCAUUGAAAUGCUGCAUGCAAAAAGAGCAUAAAUUAUAUCCUUUUACAGCGUCUGCUUUUGAGAAAAGAAAAAGAAAUACUCUGAACUGCUCCGAGCAACCCUAAUUAAAAGAACUUGGUUUCAAAGAACUUUGCAAAAAAUGGUAUAAUAAUCAAAUACUUAAUAGUAAAUAAGUGAUGUAUCAGGGUAUUUGUAUUGCAAACUGUGAAUCAAAUGCUACACAGUCUCCCCAAAGGAACACAUAUAGGACUUUGUCACUGGAUCGAAAGGAAGCUGAUACCAUUGCCAAUGUGAAACAAACAAACAAAAGGACAGAACUAUCCUUGUAAGUUACACUUUGUCAAUUACCACUAUAGAGAGAAACUGCAGAACACCUUUUUUCUGUGUUAAGCUAAAAGAGAUGAGGGGAUUUAUAUGCACUAAGUUCCUUCAGUGGUUAGCAGGACUGAAAACACCUCCGAAGGAUGUAAAACUGCAGCCUCCCUGGGCCAUCCUUCUAAGAACCGAACUCUUCUCUCUUCUCUGAGCAAGGAUGUGGCACCAAUCUCUAAUAAAGAUCUAGGAUCGCCAUUUCCUCAGGACAGACAGUAGCGCCACCAAAACAAAAGAAAUAAACAAAGCCUGGUGUUUGGACUGUGACUCGGGUCUGUAAACAAUUAAUAUGAAGGCGAAUAUGAAGGGGGGGAAAUCUGUAUUUUAGCUUGGCAUUCUUAAUAUGUUUCCAAAGGGUUUUUUUUUCUUUUUUGUCAUUGUGUUCAUGUUGUUCAGUCAGGCAGUAUCUCUCUUCUGCUGAUGGAAUGAGGAAUGGCCACAAGUGUCAAGACUGAUCAACCAUCUUUGGACCAUGUUUCUAGUAUAUUGGCUCAAGCAUUGCUGGAAUGGCUUCUCGAAGCUUUUUAGUGCCAAAUAAGCUGGUGGAUACUAUUCUGUCUCUCAGAAGUCCUGUUAAAAGCAACAAUAUUUCCUGGGGAUUUCAUCUCUAACCACAGUCAGUCAGCAACCUAAUUAAACUGAAGUGCUUGGGUUUAAUCACAGACCAGGGAUUUCAGUUAUACCGUACUGGAUAUCUCGGCGUGGCGGACAGAGUGGUGGGAGCCACUGUACAAGUUCCUCCCUUCAUUCUUGCUUUCUUGAAUGCUCUGAAUUGGAAUGCAGGACUAGUCUAUCUGCCUGGGGAACAUUUGUGAAACCACAGUAUAGAUAGCUUUAGAGUAGGCCUGCAGAACUUGUGACCUGUGCCAAGCAGAAUGCGGCCUACAGCUAUAUAUGACAGUCCACCAGGGUGCACACUGCAUGGCUCUCCAGCUACUUUUAGCUUGGAGGGCCUCAAGUUAUACAGGCUUGCUCUGAAAUAGCCAGUUGGCCAUUAUGUUACUCAUCUGACCAGUAAACCUAAAUUUUGGCAGGAAACCAGUAUCAGAAUCUUACAAGCAAAGGUGGCAUGACAAAGCCCAGACACACCAAGUUCCAUUAUUGAUGCAUCAGAUUCCACCCUGACUCUGCCACCAAUUUUCUCUCUACCACCAAACUGACUCUUAGUUUUUCCAGGAUCUUCCCUUAUCUCUAGCCCUUAGCUGUACCUUCCCUCUACCCCUAGUAUAGCUCAGGACAGUAUGUUUGAAAUCAAAGGUUGCCAGCCUUAUAUAAUUCUAUCUCAGCUACUACACCUGUGCAAGAAGAGAAUACAAUCACAUAAAGACAUCUUGGACUGGUAUAGUCCCUUGCAAGUCCAUACUGGCUAAGAGAUUAAACCAAGCACUUGAACUUGGACUAGUUUCUGGAUCAAUUGGUAGAUAACAGAAACGGAUCAACACAAUGCUUUAACCUAUGCAAGUAAAGACACAAAACAUAUAAGCUGAAGAAUUCAAGCAGUUCAAUAGUAUUACCAGGAGUAUGGAAAAGAGCCAGUUUUAGCACAGUCUUUUGAACUAGAAAAUAAUUAUUCAAGCAAAGUGACUAAAACUUUUUUAUGUGAGGACAGAAGAGUGAUAUUGCUGUGUCGAUGUAGACCAAAGUCUGCUGCAGAACAAAUACUAGAGAAGUACAAAUAAUUCUCUAUCCAAAAUGAAGAUAUCAGUAUUAUAAAAUGUAGUGCCACCGUUAUGAGAGCUUUGCCUUAUUUCAGAAUCCUGAAUGGUAACUGUAUAGAUGCGGAUCAACAUACGUUUGGCGGGGUUGGGAGAAAGUAUUAAUUCUUUACAUUUUUGAAAAAAAUUUAAAAGAUGAUGGUGUUUACAUUUGUUAGGUCCUGGUGGGGGCGGGGGGGGACACUGUGCCAAUGUUGCAUAGCAGUGAUUUCCUUAAUGUUGCUUUCCGAUUUGUAAUGAGCUUACCUGUACUUAAUUACUGUAUGUCGUGAGACACUAAAAUCAAAAAGGGAAUCUCAUUUAUACUUUAAUUUGUUUUAGAUUAUUGGCUGCACAAUCAUUUGUAGAAACUGUAUAAAACUUCUCCUCCCUUAGCUUUGGGUUUUUUUUGUUUGUUUCAUGAAAAUUGCUGGCUUUUAAAUAGUUUAUUUAUAUUGUAUAUCACAGUUUUCAUUGUAGACAAUUAUGAUGCUAAUUUAUUGUUCCUUUGUUUCAUCUUUAUAUAUAUAAAAAAAUAUAGCCAGAAUAAAGAAGCCAAAUAUAUGUGUUUAUUACAGCAUGUCUUCAAGUUAGUGGAACAUAGUUCAGGGACAUACAAGGGUCUUUACUGUUUAAGAUCAUUUGCUUGAUUCAAUGUCUGUAAAUCUUCAUAAUCCUAAAUGUAGUUUAUUUAAAAUCUAUUGUAAAUUUUGUAAUUUGCGCCUUCCUUUGUUCCGUGGGAACCCAGAGAGGUGCAUUCUUACCUUCAAAUUCUUUUCUAAGCAGUGUACAUUGUAUACCAAAGACAACUUUUUUUGUAUUAGUGCAGAACAGAGUAUUUUAUCGCCAUGCUAAUCUGGUCUAACAUUCUUGUUUACAUUUGGAUCAGGGCCACCAACCAGUGUGGAGGGAGGAAUAAUAGAAAAUCCUUGCUCAAACAAAGUAUCUUUCCCUUUGCCACAAAUAAGUCCCUGCUACCAAUAUGUCUGCUGUUCUCUCACAAGGGUGGUAUUGGGUAAUCUACCCUGGUCACUCUCACAAGCUCUGUCCAAGACAUUGCUGCCUGGCAUGGAAAAUCUAAAAGAGUUCCAGCACCACCAACACAUGGAGCUGCCUUAUACUGAAUCAGACCAUUGGUCCACCAAGGUCAGUAUUUUCUACUCAGACUGUCAGCAGUUCCCUAGGGUCUCAGGUUGAGACCACCGCCAUCACCACUGUGGUAAAAAUAUAAGGGCUGGGAUCCAAGGAACUUUGUAAGAAGUUUCACAUACCCAAAGGGAUCUCAUUACUGACUAGUAAUCUUCCAUUCCACCUCUUUCAAAACUAAAGGGAACUCAGAAGGAAUGUGUAAUGUGACAUGAACACCACAGUUAAAAAAAAGUGAAAAAUCUUACAAAACAUGCCCAUGUCCUUGAGCACACCUAAAGUAUCUCUGUAGAUUCCACCCAAUAGGAAAUUAAAUAACUGACAGUUUGCUACCAUUUCAUGGUGCCCCUAAAUCCAUCUAAAUUGGCAGCCCAAAUAGCCCAGUUUAGCCUGACCUUGUCAGAACGUGGGAGCUAAGCAGGGUCAGCCAUGGUCAGUACUUGGAUGGGAGACCACCAAGGAAGACUAAAGUUGCUGUGCAGAGGAAGGCACUGGCAAACUACCUCUGUUUGACUCUUGCCUGGAAUGCUCCAUGAAUGGGGUCACCAUGAGUUGGUUGCACAUUCUUCUCCUUCUAAAUCUACCACCAACUGGCUCCAGCACCCACAAGAUAAUAAAUAGGCAGCAAAAGCAGCACUGAUAGCACAUUGGUCAUUAUAAUUUAGAAAGACCCUUUUUACAGAAAUGCUAGAAGGUUUGCAUAUGAAGAACUUGGCCUAGGUGUCAGCUACACCCCGGGUAUGCAACCCAAGUGGAGAUAACAAACUUAGCAAAGGCCAUAUAACUCUUGGACGUUUGUCUCACAUCAUACAUAACUAACACUGACUUACAGAUCUUUGACAACGGAAGUUCACUCUACAUUUUCUAUACAAAUGGGAACAUGGUUUUAAAAACUACAAAUGAAGUUAUCACCAGUAGCAUUUAAAAAUAACUCUGAAUUUGUUUCUGUCUCAUAUGCACAAGGUUAAGGAUUAUUUUUUUACCCUUUCCUCUGUCCAGAUUUGUAAACCUUUAACUUUUUUUGUCGAAAUAACCAUGGCAAAUUUCACUCAAAAUGGAAUAAAUCAACUAAACAAAGCACAACUAUCUAGAGUCAGAACAAGAUUGUUAAUGUAAGGAUGUUAAAAGUCAAACAACAAUUAGUGGAAACUGUUUCAGAUAAACUAGAACACACAUUAGCCAAUAUCUGUUGUUCCAAGAAUCCCUCUGAUUACCCAAAGAUUGCAACUACUGUUAAUUAUUAACCAAUUUGUAACAAGACAUUUACUUACGAUUGCUUUAUCAAUUACAUAUUAGUAAAAGCAGACAAAAAUACAAAGGUUUUGGCUUUGGCUGGUUUCUUAUAGUUGUUCAGUGUUUGUAACCAGACAAUCUGUCGUGUCUGAAUAUUUGUAUUACAGAUGUUCUGCAGCUGCCUGGCAUUUGAAUCCAUGCAACCCUUAGAAUGUGCAGUUAGUUACUUGUUAAAGUUCUCUUACUGUAUCUGUGAAGUUCAUGUUGUCAUGUCAGUUCUUGCCAGGAAUUUCUCAACACCAAUGGAUUUUUAUUUCCAGUAUUUCAAUAAAUAUUGAU